UUAGGCCGUCGGAACUGCCGUAGCAUCCACCCACCAGAGCACGAGGACUAAUUUCUCGGAACAUUCUUACACCCCUGCACUUCUCUCCCACGUUAGCCGUCCCGUCGUCGUCGCACAGAUAUAGCGAUACUGCCACCAGGCUUAGACGGUGCGUCAAAUACCCGUGCCAGGCUCCGGCGAUCGGGCUCCCUCGUCGAUGUCAUAGCCAAGGGAAGCGACGCAAUGGACUCGAGAUCGCCCGACGGCUCGCCGCCUGCCAUGAGUAGCGAGAUCCCACCGAAUGCGGCAAUUGCCGCCGCUCCUGCUUCGGCUGCUGCUCCUGCCGCUCCCACUGUCUUUCCUGCCGUUCCUGCUGCUCCUGCUGCUCCUGCUGCUCCUGAUGCUGCAGCGACAGCAUUUCCAUGGCUGGUUGAUCUCGCGGAUGAGCUAGCGGUUGCGCGACAGUGCGACACGUGGCGUGCUUUGAUAGGUCAAUUGAGGAGCUUGGAUGGAGGCCGCAGGGAUGGGGUUGCCGAGGAGCCGGUACGAGCGGCGUCGAAAGGAAUAGCAGUAGCGCCGGGAGCAGCAGCGCUGGGAGCAGCGCCAGAAGCAGCGGCGUUGGGGGCAGCAGGGCAGCGGAAUCAAUGCCUGCUACAGGAGGCGGUGGAUUGGUGCAUUGACGCUGUAUCGCGAUGGGACUAUAGCGAGGCCAGGCGAGGGGACGCGCAGGCGGAGAUGAAGGAUGGGAGCAAUGAUGAGGCCAUGAGAGACGCGGAUGAUGGUGGGGAUAAUGCUGGUGCUGCUGGUGCUGCUGGUGCUGCUGGUGCUGCUGGUAGGGAGGCCAGUGAUGCAGGCGAUGGGAGAACGGAUACAGUGAGACAUAAAGAAAAGGGAACUGAAGCAAAGGCAGAAGCAGAAGCUGAAGCAGACGUUGUGGGCGCAGGAGGCAAGGUGGCAAGAAGCAGGGCGGAGGACUCGUACUCAGGGAGGCAAGGGGGCAAGGAGGGAGAUCUGACAGCUAGGUUGCUGCGGGGAGAGUUGACAGCUGUGCUGGAGGGGGUGGUUCAAGCUGUGCUGGGGGACAGCAGGCACAGCGAGGGGAAGAGAAGGAGUGGGAGUGAGGGGGGAGAGGGCGCUGGGGGUGCCGCACGUGUGGGGGUUGGUCACGUGGUAGCGUUGCUGGAAGAAUGCCUGCUGUUGGCCGGCACGCACUAUAGCGCUGCUGCUGCUGCUGCUGUGGAGGGCACUCCUGCUGCUGCUGUGUCUGCUGGUGGCGAUACUGGUCAAGGAAGCAGUGGGUGCACGCAGCUGUUUGAGCGGGUGGUGCACAGAGUGCUGGGUCUGGUUCUGCCCCCCUCCAGCAACGCUCGGAGAGGAGUAAAAGGCGAGGUGCGGGGAGCUGCAUGCAUGUGCGUCACGGGCGGUGUUGUGACUGCUGAGUGGGCUCAGAGGUCACUUGUGGUGACGGUUGGCGGUGGGGAGGAGCGGAGGAGGGGGAAAGAAGGAUCAGAGGAGAAACAAGUUGAGCUUAUGGAUGGCGUGCUGGGAGCUGUUAUCGAGGCGUGCACACAUGCUUGCAUGGCUCCUUGUGAGUCCCACAAUGACAGCCAUACGUGCUCGCAUGCAUGUGAAUCAAGGGCAGUUGUGGAAGCCGGGGAAGCUGUGGAGGCUGUGGCAGCUGCUGCGGAGACGGAUGGUGAUACUGACAUGGGGGGAGUUGGGCAUGGUGGAAGGCGCUCCAGGGGGCAGGAGGGGCAGGUGGGAAUGGAGGGUGCUGGUGUGGGUUUGUCCAGCGGCCAACAGUUUGUUCGCAUCCUCACAAUAUUCGACUGCCUUGCAGCCAGGAACAUACCUCUCUUUUCCCGCUCCUUCUCUCGCCUCGUCUCCACCUCCUUCACCUUGCUGCUCCCGCUCCGCUCGUCCCAUCCUCGCCAGUGGGCGGCAUUCCUAUGGCAUGUAGUGGGAGCAGUGUGCCUGGCCCCCAAUGUCCUCCACGCCCUCUCCUCCUCCUCUCCCACCUCCCCCUCCUCUACGUCCCCUUCUGCUUUUCUCAACAAUUCUCAUACCACGUACUCUCAGCCCCCAGUAUCGCACCAGCCGCCAGCUGCACCCCAGUCUCCACCCACUCAUGAGUCCUCGUCUCUUUCCCCCCUCCACCACCUCUUAGCCUGCCCUCCCGCCACACUGCUCCGCCUCUGGUGCUGCUGCCAUCAAGACGGCAAGGAGGUGGGAGCUGCUCGCUUGAGUGGGGAUUCAGGCAUGGGGAUGGGAGAGGACAGGAGUCUUGGCUUGGAGGGGCAGCAUGGAGGCUCUUGUGGGUGCACUGACUACCUACUAGCGCCUCCCUCUGUCUGUACCGUAAGGCAUCUGUCAAAGAAUGAUGGUCUGUGGGAAGACAAUGAGAGCAGCAGGGGCAAUGGCACAGCUGCCAGAAGCUGCUCCUGCUCUCUGGCUGCUUGGCUGCGCUUCUUUCUUGCUGUCAGGGCCCCGGCCGCACCCUCCCUCGCUCCCGUCCUCGUCUCCGCUCUCUUCCACCUGGCUCGAGAGUUGAAGGGGUUAGCCAAGGAAGGUGGGAGGGAGGAGGAGCAUGUGGAUGGGGAGAGAGCACUGGCCAUUGGAGGAGCAACAGCAGCAGCAGCAGCGUGGGAGGCGGAAGUGGGGGUGCUGCUGGAGUAUUACUGCGGCCAGCUCACUGCAGCUAUCGUCAAGUGCUCCAUUGAAGGCAUCUCGCCUUUGUCUUCCCAGCACGCCACCACCAGCACUGCCAAGCCCACCAGCACAAGCCUCUCUGUCUCUGCCUCCUGGCGGCGCUGGCUUCCCUCCCUCGCCACCCUCUCCCUCCACACUCCCCACCUCUGCGCCCUCCUGCUCUCCCGCCCCUCCUCAUCUGCCCCUACUUGUGCUCCUCCUCCUGCUGCUGCUGCUGCUGCUGCUGCGGGUGCUGCUGAUGACCAAAUGUCGUGUCUCUGGCGGUUGCUGAAGCUGCUGCUGCUGCACGGCACGCCACCACACACCGCCUCUUUGUUGCUGGCUCAGAUGACUGUUCCGCGCAAGGGGGGUAGAAGCACACCCACAUGCACGGGUGCAAGCACACGCACAAGCACACGCACAGGCACACGCACAGGCACGGGUGCAAGCACGAGCAGUGUUGGAUUAAGGCUGGUGCGUGAGGUGAUAGAGGCACAUGUGGUUCUGGCAGGCAGACAGGCAAGGCAUACCAACACCGGCAGCAGCUGUAGUGCCGGUGGUAGUAGCAGGCUGGUUCUUCUAGAGGGAUGGCUGGAUGUGCUCUUGGCCGGGGAAGGUGACCUGCAAGGGCUGCUGCAGUUGCUGCAGCACUGGCGGCAUCAGGCCGUGGAACAAGGUGGGGACAAGGGGCGUCGGGGAGAAAAGGGAGAUGGGAAGGGGCAGAAGAGAGAGGAGGCUGAGGGGGGCGCGGGCUGUGAGCUGUGCUGCAUGCACCCUUCUCUUUUUCCGCUCCCAGCACCAUCCGCAGCAGCAACAUCAGCAGCAGCUGCAGCAGCGGCGGUGGUGUCAGCAGUGUGUGGGUUGCUGUGGCAGCGGGGGGGAAUGCAUUACAAGGAACAGAACGGCAUGGGUGGUAGUGGUGGUGGUAGCAUGGAAUUCAGUGGUGUUGAUGGAGGAUGGGGCGAGGUGCUAGUUGCAGUGCAGUUGAUGCACGCAGUGGUGGCGGCAACAGUGCCGCCCUCUCUCAGAUGGGUGUCUCACGACUCACAACGCAUGCUGCAGCAGGCACAGCUGCUGCUACAGCCUCAGGAACAAGAACAAGAGCAGCAGGAGGGGAAGGGAUUAAAGCAAGCAGCGGGGAGUGGAAGAAGAGGAGGAGGAGGAGGAGGAGGAGGGCGAGGUGAGGGAGAGGCAUGGCUCAACCCGCGCCUUGCACUGCUGCAUGAUGUGGAAGUGGCACCUCGGCUACAGGACCUCCUCUCCCUUCUCUUCCAACACCUCUCCUCUCAACUCCUCCUCCUCUCCUCCUCCUCCUCCUCCUCCUCCUCCUCCUCCUCCUCCUCCUCCUCCUCCUCCUCCUUCUCCUCCUCCUCUUCAACCUCCUCGGUAACUCCGUUGCCCCUACUCCCACCACAAUCCCACCGCAAGAAAACUUCCAGCCAGCUCACAGUAGCAGAGGGGGAUGCAGCAGGAGGCAAUGGGAGCGGGGGAAAGGGAGAAGAUGAGGAGAGAACGGGUGAUGUGGCAGCGGCAGGGAUGGCGGCGGCAGGGGCUGCAACGGCGGCAAGGGUGGUGGAGGAGGAGUGGGGGAGGAGGGAGGAUGAGGUGCGGUGUGUGGCAGAGCUGGCAGCAGUGGUGGGGAGCAUGGCUGGCACGUGUUGCCACCAUUUCACCCAGCUGGUGCAAGCGAGCAUACACUUCGUGGCCUCCCAAACCCACGCACCUGCCCCACUCCCUUCCACGAACCCACUCUCUUCGCCCUCUCUGGGACUGCACUCGCAAGGGCGACCAGAAAAGGGAUUUAAGGCAGCAGCUGGGGGAGAGGGAGUGGCUGGAGUGCGCAUGGGCAGGGCGGCGAGGAGCCUGCUGGCCGAGAACAGAGUGCUCAUGUCUCUGCUAUCACCAGCGCCGGCGCCAGCAGCCCAUCGCCUCUUCCCUCCCCUGCUCUCCACCGCACCGCCCCCCCUCAUCCCUCCCCAGCCCCCAUCCCGCGCUCUCUUGUCGGGCGAGCUGCAGUGGGUGGUGCAGGGCAAACCACCACCACCACGACCACCAUCCCAGCAUGCCACUCCCACCACACCUGCUCCCUCUGCCUCGCACCGCACCACCUCAUACCGCCCCACCGGCUCCGCUGCCGCCACUGCUGCUGUGAGGGGGGCAACACUCGGUGCAGUGCAGCCAGUUUCAGGACCAGGGGGGCAGUAUGGAGGGCAGUAUGGGGGCCAGCAACAGCAACAGCAACAGCAGCAACAGGAGGUGAUGCUGGAGCGGGUGUGCGUGGAGCUGAGAGCAGUCAUUUCUCUUGCAUCUACCGCCAUGGAAGACACCCACAGGAACGCCGCCACGAGAGGCAGUAGUAGUACCAGUGGUGCUGGUGGUGACGGUGGCGAUAAGGGGAGCGACGCUGCCCUAGCAGCAAGUGUGGCGGAGGCGGUGGCAGUAGCAGAGGGUAGAGGCAGUGGGAGCACUGCUAUCAUGUGCACGGCUCUUGCUGCCGUGGCUGACUUGCCGCAUGAACUGCCACUCACGUCGCAGCAGUACCUUGAGGUGCUACCCAGGAAGGUGUCUGCAGCGCGCCACACGCACAUCCUGCACUCCUUCGCCGCCAACCCCUUUCUGCUCCAUCUCCUGGCAGCAGCAGCAGAGGCGCUGCAGGCACGCCCGUCGAUGGUGGCGUGGGUGCAUGCGAGUGUGGGGGAGGAGGUGGUGCGGGCGCUGCUGGCAGACGCCAUCAGCCACGCCACUGUGGCCGCCAAUAACGCCUCGGCGCCUCUCAGCAUGGCUGCACGGGCUCGAGCCAUACCACCGACACCCAUUCCCUCCCGCCCAUCUUCCCCUGCAACACCACGCGCCACGGCCACCAACCCCACCAUUACCACCGCCAUCCCGUCCCCAGCCCCCUCAUCUCCGCCCUCCACCCCCGCAUGGCUGCACCGCCUGCCGUCCCUCGCGUCCUUCAUGCACGCGGCGGCGUGGCUGCCGUCCCCUCUCGCCCGCGCUGCCUCCCUCGCGCAUCUGCUGUCCCCCCGUGACCUUGCGGAUCUGCUGCUGCUGCUUUGGCACUGCAUGGACUAUGCCAUUGCCGCUGGGCCCCUCUUUGCCUUCUCGCCCUGGAAACCUGUGGCUACUGGUGUUGCUGCUGGUGGUGGUAGUGGUGCUGCUGGUGUUGCUACUGCUGGUGCUGCUGGUGCUGGUGCUGCUGCUGCUGCUGCUGGUGUUGGUGCUGCUGGUGCGGGUGUUGGUGAUGCUGCUACUGCUGGAAGUGACAGCGUUACAGCUGGGGUGUUUGGUGCUCCAGAGCUUAUUCUUCACCCGCCAUCACAAGCAGCCAUAGGUGGAAGCGCUGCUCACGCUACUCAAGCCACUGCUGCUUCCCCAUCCUCUGCUCCACCAGGCAAUGCUCUCCUCAGUGCCUUGUUGCAGCACCAGCAACCUCAGGAGCCAGCGGCAGUGAAGCCAGCGCCCCAGUGGAGGGGAGUCCUGCUGGCGCUGGUGCGACGCAAUAUCGCCACGCUGGGGCCCUUUGCCAGACAGCUGUUGCUAGAUGAUAGCUGAAUGGUGAGCUUUGACUGCUGCUGCAGACCAGGCCUCUGGAUAGGAUUAGAAGUACUCUUUCUUGUAAGGGUACUCGUUUGCUGUCACUUUUUCUGUAGGGGUAUAUUUUAAAGCUACUUUCUAGUAUAAGGGUCCUAAAUAUUUGUACUUUUUCACAUAAGGGUAUAACUGUUAACGUAGAAACGAAUGAUUACUAGAGG